UUACGUCCGUUAACCGAAAAAUACCUAUGCGCUCCGUAGUCGUUUGCACCGCAAUAAACCCACGCAAACCGUACUUACGACUCGGCGGUUGACGUACGUCGACGUUACGACCCCUGCAAGCUACCGGCGGCGGUCGUAUAGUCGGCACGGACUGAAAAGUCGUCUCUCUGCACCGCGUUCUCUGCACACAGUUAUUUCCGGGACCGUGACGACCGCACACGACCCGUGGCCGACGGGGCACACACACACCGCUGUUAUUCGAAUGCGGUCCGGCACGACGACGGCGGCGCGACGGCAGCGGCGGAGGAGCCGGAAGAGCCACCGCGGGUGAUGCGCUGCGCGGCCGACCGCGGUCACCGUAAUCGUCAUCAUGGGCUGUAACCCUAGCAAAGACGGAAGCGCCGUCGGCGGCGGCAGAGGAGUCGCGGGCGAAGGCGGUGGAGACGGCGGCGGAGGGGUCGCCGACAAAUCGUCGUCGGCCGCCGAAUCCGGUGCGGCCGAAACGCUCUUGAUACCGUUGAGUGACGAUUUGGGAGAACGCGACAGUUUGACCAGUUCGGUUAGCGAAGAAGAAAACUCCGACACGAUGAAAACAUCCGAGGAAGUAGAUUUCGAAAAGGAAUUCCGACCGGAUGACGUUGAAUUGUGUCACGCCGCGACCAAAAUCCAAGCUUCGUUCCGAGGUCAUAUGACUCGGAAACAGCAAGCUGGUGGAAAAGAUGAGCCUGGUGGCGCUACCGCUUCUGCUUUGACUUCUAAAGAAGAGACUCUCGAAUCACAGUUGAAAAACGUCGACAUAAACAAGGACGCGGACCUAGACCAGCUGUUGGACGUGGACUUGGCAGAUCCGGAGCUGCACAAAGCCGCCACGAAGAUUCAGGCAUCGUUCCGCGGGCACAAAGCUCGGAAGGCUGACGACGCAAUCGAUACCAAGCAAUAGGACCACCCGCUACUGUAUAAAAUUUCCAUUAUUAUUAUUAACAUUAUUUUUUUUCUUACAUUCAACAAUGCUAUAUGGUAAUAAUAAUAAUAAUAAUAAUAAUAUCUAUCAAGGACGGACGAGUUAAUCAGCAUAAUACGACAGCUGCAACUGUUGUACUAUACCACAUUGGUUAUUAUUAUUAUUAUCAUCAUCAUCAUCAUAGUCAUUUUCGAUAAUAUUAUUUUAUUUCACUGCGGAUGUAGGAGAGGAAACGUUUUAUUAAAAUUACAUUUACUACAUUUAAUAUAAUAUAUAGGUUUUCCGACGCUGUCGUGACAAGUUUCUUAUUAGAUUCAGCAAAAAAAAAAAAAUAAUAAUAAUACGUCAAUCGGUUCGUAAACCACAGCAUUAGAUACCUAUAUUAUAUAACUAAUUAAAUAAAGUAUCGUUCAAUUUUUUUUCUCUCUUAAGCUAUAAUAACAUUCCUUUUCCGCCAUCCUCGUCGUAUUUUAUAAUACAGUCAUAAUAUUGUAUUCAUUUUCACUAUGUCGAUUGUGACCAACGCGAAAUUCGUAUCAAUGUGUAAUUAUUAUUAUUAUUAUUACUAUUAUUAAUAUUAUUAAUACCUAUAUGUAUAUUUUAAAACACGCACAUCAAUUUAAAUACUUUUCUGGAGUUUCUACCAAAAUAAUAAACUACGGUCAAUAUUGUA